AUGGCGAAGUUCAACAAACAGUAUUGCGUCCUAGUCGGCGGCAUAAGCGUUCUGUUGUUUCUAGUAUUUAUUAUAACUACGCCUGGGGACUUAAGUAAGUCACCGUUCCAAGACAUAGGUGAAGGGGAAAUAGUGGAUACUAGUACCCCAACAGAUGUGCAUACGGACGAGACAUCACCUGAAGGGAAAUAUUCUUAUCUAGUGGUCAUCAACUCCGAUGUUGUUGACCAUUCGAGGAGAAAAUUAUUGAGAGAGACAAUAUUCGGAAUAAAGGAUAAUCUGAUACACUGCUUAGAACCGACUUCUAGUGUGCAGCAUCGUUUCUUGGUCAGGAAUGAUCCAUCUCUAAAGACUAUUACAAAAGCUACAACCGUAGGUACCAAGUAUGCUGCGAGGAGAUAUGCAACCGAAAGAAUGGAAUUUGACGAUAUCGAUGAACUUCCAAAUGUGCGAGGUGACAAGUGGAUAGAACAAGCACUGACGCUGGCGAAAAAGAACUAUAACUUUGACUUUUUGAUCUACACCGACAUCUUCACUGUCCUCAACAUUCCUAAAAUCAAGCAAAGUAUAGAGUCACUUGACAUUCCUGGGUACAAGUCUUCCCCAAGUGAACUGGACAAGCUAUUUUGGGGCCCGUUUAAAACGGUUUCAAAUCGCUCAACAAUUAUCGUUGGAUCAAACGCAUUGACUACGAUAUUAAAACAAUUACCGCAAAUCAAAUCCCUGCAUGGAGGCAACCUGUUGACCAAAAUUUAUCGAUACUAUAAAAGUUCAGUCACGAGCAAGAAGAAAGUCAUCACCAUCGCUGAUGAUACAACUAUAGUAGAUUGGGAAAAUACAAUUUACAACUUACCCGACGAUGUCCUUGCUGUUAACAGCGUGUAUCAGAACGGCGAAGUAACAGACAUCACAAACUAUCUCUCCAUAUCACCGUCGCCGCCAUGCAAUUUACCAUCUACGCGACUGAGUGAGAGUCCUACCAUAUCGAAACCAUCCGUCGCUGUAAUCACUAGUAGUUUUGUAUAUACUGACCUGUGUAUGCUAGCUGCUGCUCCGAUUUCUGCAGAUAACAAACGACUGUAUGCCAAGAAACACGGUUACUCUUUUGUACCGAGAUCACUGGAAUUCGCUCAGCAAGGAUACACGGACCGUAAGACAGUGUGGGGCAAAAUAGACGCAGUAGAGAAAGUGCUUCCGUUGUAUGAUUGGUUGUUUUGGCUCGAUAUGGACGCUGUGAUAUUUAAUUUCUCUACCAGUAUCGAGAGUCUGUUGGAAAAGUUUGAAAAGCAGUUGGGAAAAAGGGAGUUUAAAAAGAAGCAUUUGAUUGUAGCGAAACCAAUGGGGGACUCAAUGAUAAAUGCGGGUGUGUUUUUGUUGAGAAAUUCAGAGUGGAGCAAGAAAUUCAUUCGAGAAGUACAGAUGUUCAAAUCUCAAUAUCGAGGAAAAUUCUACGAGCAGGCUGCUAUGUGGAAAGUUAUGAUAACGCCUGAAUGGGAAGAGGGGGUAUUACUUCUGGAUGACGACGACCAUACUUUCAACACAUUCCCCAGCAGAUACGAGCCUGGCGACUUUGUCGUUCAUUAUGCGCCACAAGGAUGUCCCGGAAAACUUGUCAUUAGGGCUUGUGAACAAGCCAUAAAGAUGGACAAGGAUCCUGACGCGUCGUACGAAACAGUCCCAGCCUAA